AUGGUGAUGGUUAGUCCAAUUAUUGAUAACUGCAUGGCAAAGGAGAUUUCUGGUGGUCAGAUUUGCCCAGAAGGUUUUCAAGGCAUGUUCACGGCUGCUUCCGAAAAUAUGGACUCGGUGCUGGAAGAACCCUUGACUUCUCAAAAUUCGGUGUUAGAAAAUAGACUGGUUCGUGACUCUCCGCCUGUCUGUGACGAGAGUGGAAUUCCACACCUGAUUUCUGCGGCUUUGGACCACGAUGACAGCACCAGCGAUGUCAGCGAUCCCGAGGGACUCGAUGGUACAUCCUUUUCCGGAACCUCAACAUUGUCACAACAGAAACGUCGCUUUGCCGACGUGAAACCGCCCUAUUCUUACAUCGCCCUCAUCACAAUGGCCAUCGAAAGCUCUCAAAGUGGAAUGAUGACUCUCGCAGAGAUUUACACCUACAUCAUGAAAAGGUUUCCUUACUUCAAAGAAAACCAACAGCGAUGGCAGAAUUCCAUUCGCCACAAUCUGUCCCUGAACGACUGUUUCAUGAAAGUCCCCCGCGCUCCGAAUAAGCCGGGGAAAGGCAAUUACUGGGCGCUGCACCCAGCAUGCGGUGAUAUGUUCGGCAACGGCAGUUUCUUGAGAAGAGCCAAACGCUUCAAACUACAGACCUUCCGAGGUGAGAGCUAUCCAGGGUUCCACUCUUUAAGCGGUUACUCUCCUUUCAGUCUGUUCAGUUCGCCACCCGCAUACAAGCACUAUUCGUCUCUAGGUAUGGGCAGUUUCCCAUCAUUUCACCAGGCCCAGUCCUUCUCUCUACCAGGUAAAUCGGACACUUGGACAACAGGAAGUUCCUCUCAAAACUAUACGCCUUACUACUCGAAUCCCAUCGGCAGCGGCGCAUCUCUGGGAUCCUCUUCCUUGGGGUCUCCGUUCGGAAACACGAUGGGGUCAUAUUUUCCAGCUGUUGGGCAAGUAUCCAGUCUUCCAGCCAGUAAUGGGGCCUACACUAACUUUCCAUCCUUGCAGCAGGCCACGUACAGCUACCCAGCGUCUCAGUUUUCCACUUCACUGAGGCUUCAAGCAACGUGA